AUGGACGGACAGCUCCGCGUGGCUGUCAUUGGCUCCCAGACGCGCCACCCUGGUACGGCCAUGGCAUACACGGUCUACCGCACAGCUGUGAACUACCAGGGUCUUUGCUAUCACCGUCUCAUCCGUUACCGACAAUUUCGGUACUUUGCCAAGCACCUGAAGCUGGACCCGAGGUCUGCACCUAUCUUGGCGAAGCUGCCGCCCAAAAUCUGGUGGAGCCGCAAAGCAUCGUUACGACCCGAGACCGUGGAAGUCAGACAAGUGCUGUUAAGCGAGUUCAUGCGGCAAGUGUGUGCUCGCUCAUUAACGGCUCGAAGCAAGGAGCAGCUAUUGGAGAUACUGCAAGCGGGGAAGUUUGCGCCGAACGAAGAAAAAGACCGUGUCGUUGAUAGUCGAUUGGGCUCUGAGCAGCAGAGUAUCACUGUUAGGGAACACAUGUCCGGCGACCAAGACCACAAUCAUUUCUGCUACGUAGGUGAUGAUGAGACGUCAAUUUGUGGCGAGGAAGAGCGAUUCAAGUCGUAG